CGAGUCUGCAGCUUUCCAGGUCAGCUGCCCAGCUGCCCUACACCCAGUCGACCACAUCGCAAACAACGCUUUGGCGCGCGUUCGAGUCCGGUAGCGGCCACAUAAUCUAUGUCUAUCUGUCCGUCAGCUAGGGCAAGGGGACGCGCGCGACAAUGACGGCGGGCUCCGACGAGCUGCUCGAUUUUUUGCUGUCGGGUAUCGCGAUCUGCGGACUCGGAGGUGCAAGCAGCGCAGACUUCCGACGCAUUAUCAACGACUACUAUCAGCAAAAGAGAAAAGAACAAGAGCCGACGUCUGACGAACGUCCAAAAGACCUCGGCCGUAAUUUCUAUGAGCAAGUGUGGCAAUGGGUCACCGAACACCCAGAAGUUCGCAUCUACCACAACCGCGAAGCGCAAAGUCUUUCACUGUCCGAGUUUGAGGCGUUGGAGACCCAAGAGAAGUCUAACGAAGAUAAUGGAAACUCUAGUCACCGGGAUGGUAGCCCCGCGGCGGACAGAUCACUUGCACCUGGCCAGAUACGACCGUCUCGCAAACUAGCAUCUCUCGGUAGCUCACUACGCCAACAGUUACUAGAGGAAGGUCGGGUUUCUAGCAAUCAGCUGAAACUGCAGUCGGAAUCCGCCUCAGAGCCUCCUGGUAACGAUGCUAUCUCCAAUCCACCUUCAAAGGUGCGUGAGUCGCGCAAGAUACCAAAGGAAAUUCAUGUGUCUCAACCUGCGUUCGAUGCGCCAGAUGCCUCCGUGCAGGGUCCUCGACUAUGCACGAGCCAAAAUCAAACAUGGAUAGCUAUCACAGGCCAUCCAAUCGACCUUAAUAAGGUGCCCGGUUCGGAGUUUGUCUUGUUGUCAAUCAUAGCAACGUCUGGUCCUAAGGGCAUCUCUCAACCGGAGUUACAAAAGCUUAGCGGACAGGACAAGCGCUCUGUGCCUGCUCGAACUGACUCACUUUACAAGAAAGGCUACAUUGACAAAAGACCUAUCCAAUGGGGAAAAGCUCGAACUAGCCUUUGCACACAUAAGAUGUACUUGAGGAAUGUUCAGGAAGAGCCCAAAGGUGUCAAUGAUGUAUUUGGCGUUCAUACACUCAGUCUGACUGGGUUGCUUGCAUUGCUGAAUAAGCUCCUCGAAACUACUUCCGUCGUAGCUGUGCGCAAUCUCAGAAAGAAGCUGGGUGUUUCGGUAGAACGGUGGAAUGGUCGCGCUGUUCGUGGCGCACUCAUAAGACUGGAACAGACAGGAUACCUCAGGCGAUUCACUGUGGAGAAACAGUCGCGCGAUUCGCAUCUAAUGUCGAACCACUUUAUUUGCAUCCAGCGUCUCAGGGAGCCCCUGGAGGAUGACAUUCAGAAUCUAAAGUUCAAGCGAAUAGCUGGGUCGACUGCUGCCGAUGCAGUUGAUGAGGAACCGGUCGAGACCGAGACCACUGCCGAUGGAUCCAUGCAAGAUCUCGAACAAGACUUGAUGAACGAUGUAUCUGAUGCAGAUGAAGAUGGUGAUACUGACCGCCGCAUCCCGCCCCAAUGGACGCCUGAUCGCUUACUCACGAACCUGGUCAUUGAUGCUGUCGAUGCAACUGGUACGGAUGGGACAGAUACAGCCAAACUGCGUGAUACAACUACAGGAUUCUUCUGGAAACGCCCCCUCGAGUCCCUUGUUACUCGGCUGACUGAUGGUUGGGACAAGAGCCAGCCGAUGCAUGUCCGCCAUCUUGCUCUUGUUCGAGAUACGGCGAUGUCAACCGACAAGAAACGCGUUCAUUACCUCUACCGAACACAUCAAAACUUUCAAAAAGCGGUCGAUGCGGGUGAGGUGACUUGGGAGGCACUGGACUUAGAUGAGAACAAGAAAGGUGCUCGGCCCAAAAAGCCAACUCCUGCUUCUCUAUCAUCAGUCGAUAGCUGGGGCUUUCGGGAGCUGAACGAAGCCGACUUCCAUGAUUCCACGGGAACAUCAUCUCUUGCAGAGUCCUGUGCCGCUAUCGUGAGAAAUCGCGGAAGGCCCCGAGAUUGGGAAGCAAAAUUGUUGAAUGGAGACAGAGCUGUUCAGACACUCUCCACUGCAGAUCGUGAACCGGCAACGGCUGUUUCUAGAUCACCCUCAGGAGAUCGUGGACGCGUCCGCAAGAGCAACUUGACCCCGCGACCGCUGCUCACACAGGCUGAGAGGUUGAUUAUGGGCUUACCUGCAAAGGGUCGGUUGGGCUCGGAUUAUGAAUCACAGAUACGUGCCCAUCGCGAAAAGACUGGUGAUCCCACUUCGUUACCCGACAAACUUGUCAAGGGUCUCAAUGUAGAUGCACCCAAGCCAAAGCCAAGGUAUGGAAGGCGACCCGGCCCGCCGCUUUUGACACGAGAAGAGAGGAAGGCUAGGGGACUGCCCGAACACGGUCGCCUGUCCUUCAAGGUCACGGAGCAAAUACUCAAAGAACAAGGCCGCAAUGAACCGCUCACGCAUAUGAAGUACUCCCUUGAUGUGGAUGAUUCUUCGUCUGUCGUGUAUGGAGCACGCACAGAUGAUAGCGAAGAAGAGCUCGAAGGUGGACAAGAAUCACGGCUCCAGCAUGUGGAAGAGCGAAUUGAGGCUAUAACAGGCAAGGGAGAGAUUGCAGUCCUCGACAACAUGCAUACUAAUGCAGAACGACGAUCGCCGCGGAACGGAAGAGGCAGCAGAAAACGCCCUCUAAAUGAAGGUGGGAGAAAAGCUGGUAGGCCUAAAAAGAAAGCCAAACGGGGAGGCAUGGAUCAAGAUCAGUCUGUCGACGAACAUGACAUCGAGCUGGUCGAUGGCCCUGUCGACACUGAACUGGCAGACGAUCGGCCUUCAGAAGACGUACACAUGGAUCCUGAUGUCUCUGCGGCUUCCCUAGAUGCAAGCAAACCUGAAGCGGACAGCAACAAUGUCCCGCCGUUCUCGGUUCUGAUCAACAAGAGAGUCAGUACAGAGACUGGUAAACCUCUGAUCCCCUCCCAGACACCGAAGCCUCCGGCGGAAGAACACCGGGAUCCUUCCGUAAAAAGUGUCAAGCCAAGACCUAAUGUUCCACUAACCAAAGCUGAGCUCCGAGCCCAGAAAGCCAUAGAACGAUACGACAGUCGCACAGAACCUGGUGUAUACUUCAACCCGUAUGCUACGAGACCUGGUAAGGGAGGUCGUGGCAGGCCGAAGAAGACGUUUAUGACAACCUUCAAGUUGCCGACUCUACACAAAUUCGAUUGGUUCGUUUCGGAUGCGAUUAAGGAACGUAACUCAUCAGUUUUCUCGAUCGCACCCAAUGCUCGUGCAGGCGCACAAAGCUCCCGUUCGAAGACGAAAUCGACUUCGGUGCCCUCGCCCACGUUAUCUAUUGCUGACGACGAGUUGGAAUUAGGCCUUGCGCCCUCUAUCCAGACACCGAUUGCUGAAGUGGAGCAACAAUCCUCUAGUCGGAGCACAAAGCUUAUCAGAAUUCUUAAAUUUACUAAGUCGCAGAUCGAGUCUGCUAUUGACACAAUGGAUACGCAAGAAACGGAGUCAAUGCCAGACUCUGCCUCCGCACCCUUCGAAAUUGGUAGACCGAUGGACCUCGAUCACCCAUCUGACGCCGUUCACUCGCCUCGAGGGGGGAUGAACAAGCUUCAUGGACCUGUAGACAGCUCCCAGAGGGCUGGUGGACAGCCUUCCGAGAUACUCGAUGCGACAGCGGCGUUGCGAAGAAGCAUGAGUCUGGAAGCAUCAAACUGCCAAGCGAUGACAGAAACCUUGGAAGUCGCCUCGUCCAAAUCUGUUGAGGGAUCACGUGGGAGUCUUAUCAAUCCCCAAGAAACAUCAUCUGCUCACUUUGAUUCGACUACGCACAGAUUUCCACUGAGUGUAUCAGCUGCGAGCCAAACUACAACACCUCUACCCGUCAAAUCGCAUCAAAGCCCUCAUAAUCCUGCGACAUCCCAAGAACCGCCUCAUACUGAGGUAACAAACGCGGGCCCCAACGCAGCCGAGAAACUUUCGCAGGGUUCUCCUUCUCACAAGGAUACAAGUGGAUCUGAUGCGGCAAUUUGCACUCCAUCAACCCGGGAAGAAACUGAUGAUAGAACUAGUCGAGGCGUGAUUCUCGGUAGGGGAAGUGUUGCUCACGCCCGCACACGUAUCAUAAGGCAUAUCUUCGACCUUUGUGGAGGCGUCUUCCCAGGAACCGAGGUCAUGUACCCUGUCUUUGCCUCUCUUUGGGAGGAGCUUGGGCCGAAGACCGUCACCUGUCCGAUUGCAGGCACUGUCCGAAAAGCUGUCACGGAUCUAUGCCGUGCUCCUUCGGAUCUGAAGAAGGUCGAGUUCACGGUACCUCGAGCAGACGUACCGGGCAACAAGCAGAGGAUUGUAUUCUUCAAAAAGCAUCUCCAUUUCACCAGCCCAGAGGUUCAGAGUGUGGUCAAGGAGGUUAUUCAAGCAUACCCUGAGAAAUAUUGCCCUCCUGGCGUGCGGCAGUAUUAUCGAGAAGAAGUAAAGCCUGCCCCAGCGAGGCCGAAAGUCGACAACUCUUUCGCCCCUGAAUUGUAUCCACUGGCGUCCCGGAGACUGGACGCGCGUAUCAAACAAGCGAGGUCGGAGCGACGCAGACUAGUAAAAGAAGCUAGGGAGGAGCAACGGAGACUUGAUAAAGAAGCUAGAAAAGAACAAAAGAGACUGGAGAAACAGCAGCGACGUCAAGAGAAAGUGCAAAUUUCCGCUUCUCGUAGGAAGCUGUUUAAGGAGCGGCAGAGGCUUGGAGGACUGAAUGAUGGAUUGCACACCGGUGCAAGCAACCGAACUCUACUUCCGAAGACAGCCGAGUCCCCGCUACCUACUCAACAGCCUCAGAAGACUGUUUCUGCAACUGAUUCCUCCGACGAUGAAGCGUUGAUAAAUUCGCGCCCACGUCCCCGAAUCGCGAUUGGACCUGUCACACCAUCAGUUGUAGAUGUUCAGCCAGUCCUUCAAGAGCUUUGCCGUACUGAAUCUUUUGACCCUGUUGCCGUGUUGAUGCUCCCAAAGAUAGGAUACCACUCGUCUACCCACACAUUCUCAACUCUUCUUACCGCUAGUGCACCGAGCGAAGUCGAUGAGCCGAAGAGGAACAAGACGAGACGCAAGCGUGUGAGGAUUGAGCAACCUGUGGACCAAUCCUCUCGCAAAAAGCCUCGAAAGUCCCGUCCGAACGAAGUCAGUCGGGCGAAGCAGUCGGAAGACGAUUUUCUAGCGCGCCACCACAUUAGAAUACAGGAGAGUUCGGACGAGGAAGAAGACGACGACGAGCAGGAUGAUGUCGAAGGAGUGAAAUCGCCCACCAUAGCACAACGCCUGGCUGGAUUGACGGGAGAUCUUAACAAGCCUGACUACGAGCCUGUCAUAAGGAAAAAGCAGCACGCGUGGACUGCUCGAGAUCGACAACGCAGGAAUCGAACGAGACGCAAGUACACUGCGGUCAAGGAAAGAAAGUAUCCAGAAACGUUUGAUCCACUGAGCGAGUUCAGAAAGUUGUGCUACACACUCAUUGUUGCUUCUAGUAUGGCUGGAGAAGGCGGAAACGUUGAUUGGGACAUUGUGAAAAAAGUGUACAGUGAUUCACUUCGGUUCAACCUGGAAAAGACCAAGAAGACCUGGGCUUGGUUACAGAAGAGGAUGGCUUCCCAACUUCGGGGGAUGACUGGUUCAUUCCAAUCGCAAUUUCUGAGCGCAUAUGAAGACGGGAAGAUCGAUCCAAUAGAAGAUCCGGACACGUACGACUGGGGCAAAUUAGUGCGUUGGGCCUUGCUGACUUGCACGCAUGUCGAACCACCGCUCCCCCUCGCUCGCGAAGCUCUAGAUGAUUGUCAAUUUGACCUCUCGAGCUACGAUGUUUUGGAUCGGACUGUAUGGUACAACACCGCCCUGGCAAACAUCAACCGUGACGAACGAUUCGCCAAGUAUACGUUUGGUCUUCCACUCAACGGGAAGCGCAAGCUGACUGCACCUGGAGAUGAAGAUGACCUCAAGGCCCGAGCCUUGAUACGUGCGAACAUCUCAACCCCGAAAGAGCUUUACGAAAAGACACUGGCUCAUGAAAAGCUUAGAAAGCUUCCAAACUCAGUGAUCGGACGCUCAGUCAACGACCUUCUCCAGGCGAGCUUGAUCCGGCAACGUAAGAUCAAACGACUCCUACCUGGCCGCAAUUACCAUUUCAGCCCUGGCUUUGCCAAGAACUAUCGACGCUCGUUUGAGCUGGCUGAUUUCAUGACGGCCGUGCAACUCAAGAAAGACUUGGAUACCGCAUUCACAAAUGAUGAUCCAGAUAAGCGCAAUUUCCUGGUUUCUCGGACAGCUGAGAAUGGUACUGUGAUGGCACUUAUCUCCCUCGCCAGCGAGGGCAAGGUCAAGCUAGUCCCUCAACUGCCACCCAUCGACAACGACUUCAAUGCACCAAUCCCACGCAUUUCAGUCUGGGGCUUCUCCGAAGGCGACUACCAACACCGACUCAUGGAUCGAAAGCGUCUUUUCUGGCCGCUUGCAGUGGUACCCACCGAUUCGUAUGACUACGGUAGUCCCCUACGACCAACGUCACUUCCAUCUACUACGACAGAAGAUUCUCCGAUCGUCUGGAAUCCAUUGCCCGAACCACCGCUCCCCGCGCGUGAACAGAACUCCAACGCACUUCUCCCUAUUUGGAACACCAUCGAUGGACAGACCGUCAUUUACCCCUGGUGGAAUCGCAUCCUCAACAUCGUCCUCCAGGCCCUCCUCUUCCAACCCAGCGUUACCGCCCAAGAAAUCUUCAGCCGCUGUGAAACUUACACCACCGAAGUCUUCGAGAUCCAGCUCGUCCUCGAUUGGCUUGUUACUGCUCAAGCCGCGAAGCGCUCCCUACACGGCACGUAUGAGCUUCUGCCAGGUUACUGGGCGGUGUUCGGCGAUAAGCUGAUUGACGACGAGAACGAUGAGUUUGGCGAACAUGUCAGGCGCCAGAAGACCAACAACAAGCUUGUACCUACCUGGCGAACGGAGUACAACAACGAAUAUAGCCUUCGGUCUCAGCAGGCGCAAAAUUCGUGCAAGGGGGUGCCCCAGGGUAACGGUGUGUCUGCCGGUGAGCAGAUCCUUGGCAACGUGAGGAAGCAGUAUACCAUCGUCAAGCACGCAUUGCAGAAGCAAAAUAUGACAAAUGCGUCCCCAGCUAGAGACAGGUCCCCCGGUGAGAUCGGACCACCGUCACAUCCGAAUCCCGGUCUGCAGCGGGAGGGCAUGGUGACUACUACACCUACACCUGCUGCCACGCCCUCGACUACUACGCAGGAUGUCGACAUGACUGAUGCGGAUGCUGAUACUGAGGGAGCAGAUGUCGAUGCCGAAGGCGAGUCGGACGACGAGUAUUUGUGAGCUCUUCGAGAAGAUGUUGGGAGAACAGCAGAAGGAUUCGUGCAUUCGAUGGUGUUGAGAGAGAAUAAUAGGUACCUAAGUAGGGAGCAAGUGUAUCAUCAUGAGUGUAGCGAUAACGUCUGUAUACGUAUAAUGUGACAUAGAUAAUGUAAUAGAGGAGCAC